AUGGAAGAAGGUUAUAAUAUGGGUCAAAGUGUGGUUCAACAAGUUCCAGUUGUAGAAGUUCCUACUGUUGUAGAAGAAGGUGUGGUGCAGGAAGAAGGUGUGGUGCAGGAAGUUCCAGUAAUUCAUAUUCAGGAUGGUCAUAUGAUACAAGAAGGAGGUACUAGUCAAACAAGUGUGAUGCAAGGUAGUGACACUUUUGGGCAAGUAGGAUCCAGUAUUGGUUGGAAGCUUAAAUCAAUAAAUGAUGAAAUUGAACAAGGUAUUGAUGCAAUUUUACAAAGGGUUAACUUCACAAACAAAACAAAGUCCAUUCCACUUAAGGGUGACAAUGUGGUGGAAGAUAACGAGGUUAUUGAGUUUACUAAGGGCAAAGAGGAGGAUAUUCUCCCAGAGAAGAUACAAUUAGGACUUUUAGACAUUGCUAAUAUGCUAGAAGUCGGUUAUAGCAUGGCAGAAAUAGAAGCUAUGCCAGGGGUACAAGUGGAAUCAGAUGAUUUGCCACCAGUUGAACUGGUGUUGGAGAUGAAGCUAUUGGUGAUGGUGAUGGAGAAGUUUCAUGGUGCUGGAGAAGGUCAUGGUGUUGGAGAUGAAGUUGUUGGUGAUGGUGAUGAAGAAGGUCAUGGUGUUGGAGAUGUUGAUGAUGGUGAUGGACCUGAAGGUGAUGGUGAUGGACCUGAAUGUGGUGUUGAGGAAUUGGGUGAUGAUGAGGCAAAUCAGGGUGAUGAUGAAGAAUAUGAUGUUGUCCCAAUGGUUAGGAGAAUAAGGAAAACAUCUGAGAGGAUUACCAAGAUAAAGCUAAGGAAUGGUGUCUAUGAAAAAGAUGUUGGUGGUUCUUCUUCUGUAAAGCCAAUCAAUUUGGAGUAG